GGUGGCACCUGUUGCGUUUAAAAUCCGAUGUGAAACGAUUAUGCUUCGAUUACAUAAUUACAACUUUUGGUGACACUUGUGUUUAUUAGGCUACGUAUUUCUUCGGUUAUAAUGAAAGGAAUGCUUUAGUGUGGUUGUUGGUUAUUUUGUUAGAUACGCGGGUAACGUAGACAUGUGCCGGUAGUGUUGACGGUCCACCGAACAACACAAAUGCAAUAAAUCACCCGAAAAGUGCACGUUCUCGUGUUUUAGCAAUUUAAUGCUUCGAGGUUUUGCACUCUCUUCGCUAUUGUCUUUCUAAGCAUGUCUUACAUUUCCAUAAGGGUCCCGCCUCUGGGUUUAUAACGCGCGCCCGUUGAGCGCUCUCGAGCAGCAGAGCGCAGAAAGUAAGCCAGAAGUGAAGACUUCACCUGUUUCAAAGGGCAACUGGGGCCAUGAACGAGCUCCCUGUAAAGGAUGACAUCUAAAUGUCAGCCUUCAGAUAUUCCGCCCCAAAAUCUUUCUACGGGAACCGUUAUGUUGGAUUCCAACGUCUCCAAAUCUUUACAGGACAGCAAGAGUGCCAGCUGUGGAUUUGUAUCCGUGUUUUUUCCCAUCACUAUGAUGGUGACUGGAAUGGUCGGGAACUCCCUCGCGAUGCUGCUAGUUUAUAAUGCGUACAGAAGAAAGGAAAACAAAAGAAAGAAGUCUUUUCUACUUUGCAUCGGCUCGUUGGCGUUAACUGACCUUUUCGGCCAGGUGCUCACAACUCCGAUAGUCAUUUCUGUGUACAGAGCAGAUCUGACAUGGGAACGGGUGGACUCGUCGGGAACUCUCUGCGCCUUCUUUGGGGUGUGCAUGACCACUUUUGGUUUGUGUCCUCUCUUUUUAGCGAGUGCCAUGGCCAUCGAGAGGGCCUUGGCCAUCACUGCCCCUCACUGGUACUCGCAUUACAUGAAAACCACCUUGACCAAACAAAUUCUGGUCAUUAUUUGGUGUUUGGUUUUGCUCUUUGCCUUGUUGCCUGUUGCAGGCGUUGGACAAUAUACUUUGCAGUGGCCAGGCACUUGGUGUUUCAUAAGUACAGGGGACAAGGACGUAACGGGAAAUACGUUUUUUGCCACGACUUUCGCAGCGCUGGGCAUAUUUUCGUUGCUCGUCACUUUGUCUUGUAAUGUUGUGACCAUCCGUGCAUUGGUUGCACGUUGCAAAGCGAAGGCAAGCUCAACCCAAGCAUCCAAGCAAUGGGAGAGGUUAACAACAGAGACUGUUAUUCAGUUGAUGGGCAUUAUGUGUGUUCUGUUGACGUGUUGGUCACCUCUACUGAUCCUUAUGUUGAAGAUGAUCUCAACCCACACCUCCUCCCAUCACUGCAAGUCUGCUGCUGCAUCUCUCUUACCCAGCCAGGACUUACAGAUGGACUGCAACUUCUUUCUCACCGCCAUACGCCUGGCUUCACUCAAUCAGAUCCUGGAUCCGUGGGUUUACCUGCUUCUGAGAGAGAUUCUUUUGAGGAAGUUCUGCCAGGUGGCCAGUGCAGUAUCCAGGUGCUCAUUGGAGGACCAGAAGGAAACCCAGUCUCUGGAUGUCCUGAAUAAGAAGCCCAUUCAGAGUGAUAAUGUUCAGAAACAAUCGCUAAACAUGGAGAACUGUAACCUGAAUGGGGGGAAUGAGGAACAGUGAGUAGGUUUCAUGGUACAUAAACAAAUUCAUUUUCAAAAAAAGGAAUACAGUGGAAAAGGUACAAAAAAGGAAAGAAAAUGCGACUUGUUGUGACAAUGAAUGCAGAGUGAAGUCGCAUGCAAACGCUUCACUCUUGUGUAGCUGACUGACCUGUCACAGUCAAUAUAUUUAAAGGGAUUUUGUACAUGGUUACUCAAUUAGCAUCCUUUGAAGUAAAACUAAAUGGCAGGACCUGACAAAUAAGGCAUUUAGAACAGCAAUAUUAGUAAAUUAUACUUGGCUAGACAAAAGCAAAAUCAGAAAUUGAUGUAUGCCAACUCCCAUGGAGUUUGUUGAAAAUUGUUUAAAACCUGUGUUGGCAUUGUAUAGCAAAACAUAUUUAUAUGCCAGUUACAGGGCAAACGUGAAAAAUAUUUCUUUCAUUUACGGUUUAUUAUAUAAAAUGUCAGAGCUGUUCAUUUUGCACUUGCAGAAAAGCACUGAAUGGUCUUAAAUUCACUUCUCUGAGCUCCUGCUCUCAUUCAUUUACAUUUUUACUGAAGAGCCAACCCGUUCGACACAUGGCUCACUGUAGAGCUCAAAAACUGAAAACUGCAAUUUGGUUUGUAUUGUGUGCACCUCUCAAUGCCUCUCACAGGUGGCUAUGUAUAUUUUAGGUUUGUUUCGAGAGUGAUGUUAACAGUUUGGUGAAAGGCAGUCUGGCCUUUGAACAGCCCCUUUCAAAGUGCCAAAUCAAAUACGGUGUGCACAGCAAUUGCGUCAGGGUACCGCAUCUGUUUAUCUGCAAUAUUCUUAAUAUUUCAUUUCAAUACUAUAUGAGCUGUCUUUAUCAUAAAUAUGGUCUUUAAAACUCAAACGUAAGACAAUUUCACUUUGUUCAGAUGGUGAUUAGCCAUUAAUAGAAAUUGCUUUUUGUACCCGAUAGCUGUCAGGAGGCCAGCCACUUAUAUUUUAAAAAAAUCUUAUUGGAAAAUUAUGUCAUAUUACAAUAGUUUGAGACAUUAAUCUGUUUUUUACCAAGGUUUUAAAUUUUUUGUUGACAAAACUAUAACCCAAGAAAAAGGUUUUCAAUUAUAACUGGGCAUACAGUAUAUAAAAUAUUGCAAAUGAUACAGAUGUUGAACCUGUUUUAAAUUUGGCGCUUCAGCUGCAUUACUGUAUUUAUGCAUCAUAUUUAAUGCACGAACUAACAUGAACAAUUGUGUUGACUUUAACAAAGAUUAAUAAAUGCUGAAAAACUAUAUUGCUCAUUGCUAGUUCAUGUUAGUUAAUGCAUUUACAAGAUAACAAAUACAACCCUUUUUGUAAGGUUGUAACCAGUUGAGGUUACAGAAUGCCUCUGUUCUGCUGAGCAGCGGGUUAUUUUCAUGGGUGAAUAGUAUAGUGAUGUAUUUCUGCUGAGGUAAAAAAACAUAGUUCAUGGUUCUGUCAUGUUUCAUCCAAAACUGUUUCUUCAAACGUACAUCCAAAGAAUAAUGUGAACAGCAUGGUGCUAGCAAUCCUGAUGUAAAUGUCUAUACGUAACUUUCAAAUUAUGCUUCAUUUUCUUAUUUAAUUUGUCAAAUCUACCAUCUCAUUUCUGUUUUAAAAGCUCUGACUUCAUAGAUUAUUUGUCUGAGUAGAUACCCUUCUGUCCUCGGUUCUUUGAAACUCGCUGAAAUCCACAGGAUACUGAAAAUGUUUGCACCGAUGACACACCCCGCAGAUCAAACGAAAAUGAGGGAGGAAGUGUUUUGCAAGUAAAAAUAAGGCUUUGGUUUUCUUUCUUCGAGGUCAGAGCUCUAUAAAAUUGAUUGAUUUGAGAAGUCCGUGUGAGUAGUAAAUACAUUCGGAACAUGAAAAUUCCUAAAGAGGGCUAAGAAAUUGCCCAUUUUCUACCUAAAAGGGCUGUAAGCAAAUCCAGAAAACCAGGUAGAGCAUCAGAGGAAAACCCAGAAUGGGGAUCAGAAUUACACCGCAGGAGUUGUCUGGAGGAAGCAGAACACUUUUUAUAAAUGGAUUUUACUGGAAUCGUUACUUCUAAUUUGACAUAUGUUCCCAGGCAGUUCCAGAGGAAAAAUGAGAAGGCUCUAAUGAAUUAGACAUGCGAGAAAAUGAAGAAAUAAUGAAAUUAAUGUGAGCUACGGCCUUUAGUCGAGCUUAACUUGCUUACACUGUGAACACAGCAAUGGAAAAAAGGAUUGCGUAAUAUUUCAUUGCUAAAUUAGACGUAGUGGCGUGCCCGUGCACGAAGAAACAAGGUCUGCCUUGUGACCAUUCAGUGCUUUCUAUUUAUAAAUGUGACUGUGGUUUUCUAGAUUCUUAUCAAAUCUACAGCUGUACUUAUCGGUGUAUUUAUGUUGCCAAGGGCAUCUAAUCUGAGUUUCUUUCAUAUAGAAAGGUUUAAAAUUCCGAUGUAUGGUGUGCUGGAGUCCAAGACAGAGACUGAGAAAUUCAAAAUGGAUUCUGAAAUGGAAUCGGAAAUGUGUCUGACUGUGUUAAAAGCACGUUCAUCAAACAUAAGUGCAACUACAGUCUAGAACACAGCGUGAGAUGUGAGUGCUUUAAAAAUGAACCAUUGAUUUAUCUGUAAAUAAUAAUUUAUUGUAUAUGUGCAUGCAAUAAGAGCUGCCGGAUAACGUUUGCAUGCGAAGCCACCAGCAAAUCAUAUUUUGGGUCAUACCCAUCAGAAUGUCGUAAUGCCAGAUGCCAAAUCAAAAGCGUGGCAGGUCCGCAUUAUAAAAAACAGGGUUUCAUGAAUGUAUUAUGGGCUUUACAUUUAUUUAUGUUGUAAGACAAGACCCUGUGUCAGUUUCUGGACCUGGUUCACAGCCAGAGCUGUCAUUAAGCUUGUAUCAACAGAUGGUCGUGGCUCUGCUUGUGUGUUUUUGAGAAGAAAUGUUUGCAUAUGCUUGCAACUGUUUGACUCGUCUUUUAACUGCUCUGGUCCAGAUAUGCUUGCCUUGUAAUGGUGCUUCUAAAGUAUAUCAUUAUUCAAUUCUGUGCAGUCUGUGAUUUCUGUCCGUCGGGAUUGACUGUGUUUCAUGCCAUUAUCCUAAUUUGAUCGGGGAGGGGGUUGGGGUACAUCGAAGUGCUUUUGUUACUGUAAUGCCCCUAUAUUUUGCACAAUUAGCAAUUGUGUUAGUGAUUGCUAAAUUCUUUAUGUUGUGGAAAAAAUGUGUGUUCGAAUAUAAAAUUUUGUUAAAUCAUUUUAACUGAGCUUUCUUUCUGAUCUUUCACUGCUUGGUACAAGAAUAAUCCUAAUUCUUAUUUGGCUCUCAUUGAAAUACUUUGUCUCUGUUGAUAAAUUUACA